UCUUCUUCUUCUUCAUCCUCUCUCUGUCUCUCUCACCUGCGAACUAGCUCUCCCUUGUCAUUCUCAACCUCUCUGCUCUCUGAAAUCUCUCUCUCUCGCUCUCUCUGUGUCGGCGCCUCUGAUUUGAGGGCACAGCGAGAAACAGUGACGACGACUCAUACCCAUCAUCAACGCUCGGUCCCUCUUUGUGGGUCUUCCUCUGUCCCUUGAAAUUUCCCCUUUUUUUUUUUUGGUUGCAGGAUUUCGACCCAGCUCCUCUGCUGCCGGGACCAUGGCUUCACAGGGCGAGAAGGGUUCUCUGGAUCCUUACCAGGAAUACCUCCGCAAGAAGAACUCUCGAGAAAACGGCUUCUUACGACUUUUCUGUCGCCAUUCUCUUAUAACAUUCAUCGCAGACACAGAGAAACCAUACGUUGGAUAGAUUCAUCCCGAACCGCUCAGCUAUGGACUUCGACUACGCUCGUUCCCUCUUCACUCUAGGGAAGAAGUGGAAGGAGAAGUCUGCCGUGAUGUCAACAUCAAGUGACGCGUACCAGAAAUUUCUCGCGGAUGCACUCGACAUGAACCGAUCCCGGAUCCUGGCAUUUAAGAACAAGCCGCCCACCCCGGUUGAGCUAAUCCCACAAAGCUGGCUCUCACCCGCGACUUCCCAGUCUAAAUCCGCCAAGCCCUGUCGAUCGAUACCCAAGACCUGCCAGAGGAUGCUCGAAGCCCCUUAUAUAUUGGAUGAUUAUUACUUGAACUUGCUGGACUGGGGUGCCAACAACAUGGUAGCAAUUGCUCUUUCGCAGUCAGUGUACUUGUGGAAUGCCUCCAACGGCUCUGCUACAGAACUGGUGACCUUCAAUGACGAGGAGGGUCCUGUCACGAGCGUGAGCUGGGCUCCUGAUGGUCAGAAUAUUGCCAUUGGCUUACAAAAUUCGCAUGUCCAGCUAUGGGAUUUCUCUGCUCAAAGACAGCUGAGAACUUUUAGAGGAGGCCAUCGACUCCGAGUUUGUUCCUUGGCCUGGAACAAUCACAUACUCACGACAGGAGGUAUGGAUUGUAAAAUCACCAACAACGAUAUAAGAAUUCGAUCGCACAUAGUUGGAACCUACAGGGGGCAUCGCCAAGAAGUUUGCGGGCUGAAAUGGUCGCCCUCGGGAAAACAGCUGGCUAGCGGAGGAAAGGAUAAUCUCCUCUACUUGUGGGAUAGGUCCAGAUCCUCUUUGAAUUCAGGCACUCAGUGGCUUCACAGGAUCGAAGACCACACGGCUGCUGUGAAAGCCCUUGCUUGGUGCCCGUUUCAGAGCAACUUACUGGCCUCGGGAGGGAGCGACGGGAGCAUAAAAUUUUGGAACACGUGCACGAGCGCGUGUCUGAAUACAGUGGAUACCGGUUCUCAGGUGUGUGCGCUGCUGUGGAGCAUGAGGGAGAGGGAAUUGCUAAGCUCUCACGGGCUUCCUGAGAACCAGCUCAUUCUUUGGAAGUAUCCAUCUAUGGGAACGAUGGCAGAGCUGACUGGACACGCAUCUAGGGUUCUGUUCCUGGCACAGGUAUUACUUAGUCCGGAUGGAUGCACGGUGGCAUCUGCAGCAGCAGAUGAAAAAUUGAUGUUCUGGCAUGUAUUCGGGAUACCAAAAUUGGCUAAGCGGGCACCCAAAACCUCUUCUGAGCCAUUUGCCCAUCGGCACCGUAUCCGUUGAACUCUUUAACAGAUUGACCAGUGCAAGUUGAUAUUUCGACAAGAGAUUGUCGCGUAAGUGUAGUUGCAAACUGAUCGGCCAUAAAUAUUCAAUUUGAAAAUUGCUAUUUUUCUCCAUUUAAUUUCUUUCUCUUGUUUGGAUUGGCUGGAGACCACAAGGCAUGUGUCGAUGAUUACAGUAACUAUUUUAAAGAAGAAACUUAAUACAUGGGCUGUUGGGUAUCAGCCUCCAUUACCUGUUGAGAUGGUGAAGACAUCAUUAGAGCUUUAUUAUGAGGGUGGAACUUCAAGAAAUUAUUUCGUCGCUAUUGUCUGUCGGUGACUGUUACGUUGUUUCUCUAGGUUUCUUCUAAUUAUAUUCGUCAUUUAAAUAGGGGGAUCACCUAAUGGGCGAGGAAGAGGUCGCAGUGGCGCAGGAAGACCAAGAGGUAGAGGGAAUGGUUUUGUAAAUUCUGAGAUGACGAUGGAGGUUGGGACCACGACCAAGGUUAUGCUAGAGGUAGGGUCGAGGAAAAGGACAUGGUUUUCAUGGCUGCGGAUGGGGAGGAUACGAUGGACCUCAUGCUGAUCCACAGCAAGACAGAGGAUACAACCAAGAACCACCUGUUUAGAACUGCGGUUGUAGCUGUGGAAGGGGAAAUCGCGGAAGAGGCAGUGAUCACAGAUCAAAUGGACCGAUUCAGGGAACUGCAUAAUUGUCACAUUUUCUUUUUGUCAUUUUCUGUUCCGCAUUUAAAUGGAGUCAAGAUUCAAAAUUUGUAUGCGAUUUGUUUGGAUCCACAGAUAAAUUGGAACUGAAAGAAAAAAAGGUAAUGGAAAACUUGAUUAUGGAUUAUGAGCAUCUGGGACAAAGUUGAAUUGUUUUUUGAGUUUUUUGUGAGAUGGUGACAAUUCCGGUAAAGAUAUUGAUAUGUAUCUGUCCAUGCCUGUGCAUGCAGGUCAUGGCUGUGGAAGGGGAACUCGCGGAAGAGGCCAUGGUCACAGAUCAAAUAGACCGAUCCAGGGAACUGCAUGAGUUGCACAAUUCAUUCCUGAAGAUUGCUAUUCUGAUUCGCGCUUCCUCCUUUGUUAUUUUCUGUUUUACCCCGACCAAUGUUGUGGGUAGGUUCUGUUCGUUUAAUAAUUUUAGACUUGAUAGGAGGUUAGGUUCUUACGGCCAUUCUUUCUGUGUUGUAGAGAUAGGUGAUAAGUUGGGGAUGGCUUUAGGUUCUUUUGGCCAUUCUUUCUGUAUUGACUUGUAAAUUUUGAUUGAGCAGCACAUUCUUUUAUUCUAAAUAUGAAGGACAGAGAAGUGUCA